GGGUUGCCAAACAAUUUCCUGUGUGUAAACGGCGGAGAGCUUCUCAGAAAAUAAGAAUUCAGAAACCCUCGACGUGUAAGGAAGUCGGUCUCAAGAGAUUUACAGAAAUCUCUUGAUUGAGCGUAAUAGGUCACAAGAGAAUAAUUCAAUUCCCUUGAUUGAGCUACAAACCAGUUCUUACGCUGCGCCAGGUUGGUAUCAGAGCUCCGCUACAAUCCGUAACUAUGCCGCAACCUAAGAAGGAAGUCCAGCCAAGUGAGGGAGAGCUUAACCGCCAAGCCAUCACAGAACUUUGAGCUCAAGUUCAGAGCUUAGCAACGGUGGUUCAAGCGAUGAGUUUGCGUAAAGCGGCUCCGGAGGAAGACAAAAUUUUUGACGAAGAUGAAAAAACAGAGUAUGACGAGAAUCCUUUUGGUGAAGAAAAGGUGAAGCUUAUUCGUCAAAACGGAGAAGAUGAUAAUGACGGGAGGUGGGAAUCAAGGUUUAAGCUGGAGAUUCCAAAGUUUCAUGGAGGUUCUUCACCCGAGGAUCUUUUGGAUUGGUUUGUUACAGUGGAGGAAAUUCUGGAGUUUAAACGUGUACCCUUAGAACGUUGUGUGCCUUUAAUUGCGAUCCGUUUUCGACAUCGAGCUGCAGCGUGGUGGGCACAAUUGAAAACAACUCGUUCACGUCAAGGGAAGGAGAAAAUCACAUCUUGGAGCAAGCUUCGUAAGCAUAUGCAAAAAAAAAUUUUGCCAUUCAAUUAUGAGCAGCUAUUGUUCCAAAAAUUGCAGAACUUACGUCAAGGGAAUCGUACGGUUGAAGAAUAUGCUACUGAAUUUUUCCUAUUAAUCAAUCGUGUGGAAGUUAGAGAUUCAGAACAACAGUUGAUUUCUCGUUUCAUUGGAGGACUUCGUCAACAGAUUCAACACACACUCAACCUGUUUCACCCUCUUUCUAUUGCCGAAGCUCAUCAACAAGCAAUCACCAUUGAAACACAGACCAAAGGCAAUUAUUCGGGUUGGAGUUCUUCUCGCCUGAAUCGACAACCUUCCCCUGCUACUCCUUUUGCUCCAGAAGUCACUGUUCCUGUUCCAGCUAAGGAGACAGCUAUUGUUCCUGUUGACACGAACCGACCAGUCCGUACGGGAACUCUCCGUUGUUUUGCUUGUGGAGAACCGGGGCAUCGUCAGUCUGCUUGUCCGACACGCAAUCGAAGAGGACUACUACUUGAUGAUACUGGGCGUGAUGUUGAAGUAAUAUAUGAUGAGUAUGAGGAGGAUCCAGUUGUUACGGAGGAAUUAGAAGCAGAUUCAGGUCAACUUUUGAUGUUACGACGUUCUUGCUUAGCACCACGUAGCCAAUCUGAGGCUCCCCAACGUCAUAACCUUUUUCAUUCACUGUGUACGAUUUGUGGUAAGGUUUGUAAUUUCAUAAUUGAUUCGGGUAGUUGUGAGAAUGUUAUUGCAGAGUCUGUAGUUAAAAAGCUGAGUAUUCCCGAUGAGCCACAUCCAGUCCCUUAUAAAUUGGCUUGGUUGCAAAAGGGCAAUGACAUGAGUGUCACACGACGUGCACUUGUGACGUUCUCAAUUGGUGAAGCUUAUAAAGACAAGCUUUACUGCGACGUGGUUCCUAUGGAUGCUUGCCAUUUAUUGUUGGGUCGACCAUGGGAAUUUGAUUGAAAGGUUGUACAUGAUGGGUUUCAUAACACCUACAGCUUCAGCUUUCAAAAUUGCAGCUUUAUUUUGAAGCCUUCGUUGCCUGCUCAAGUAUCAUCCCCCUUUAGCUCAAUCUUAAUCUUACAAAAGCGCCUUUUUGAAGCUGAAAUGUGUGAUGCGGGUAUUGUUUUUGUCAUGCUUGCGACUCAUGCGACUAUUCCAACGGAACGUGUUAUUCCUUCAAUGUUUCAAGACGUGAUUCAUGAGUUCGCCGACGUGUUUCCUGAUGACCUUCCUGCAGGGUUACCACCUUUACGAGAUAUCCAACAUCGCGUUGAUUUUGUGCCGGAUGCAGCUGUCCCUAAUAGAUCCCACUAUCGUAUGAGUCCUAGUGAGCUUGAAGAACUUCGUCGCCAAGUCGAGGAGUUGGUGUCUAAGGGUUUUCUGCGAGAAAGUCUUAGCCCUUGUGCGGUUCUGGCUUUGCUUAUUCCUAAGAAAGAUGGGUCUUGGCGCAUGUGUGUUGACAGUCGUGCUAUUAACAAGAUAACUGUACGCUAUCGUUUUCCGAUUCCACGUCUCGACGAUUUACUUGAUCAGAUUGGUAAAGCAAGUGUGUUCUCUAAACUAGAUUUAAAAAGUGGGUAUCAUCAGAUUCGAAUACGUCCCGGAGAUGAAUGGAAGACUGCAUUUAAGACUCGUGAAGGUCUCUUUGAAUGGUUAGUUAUGCCUUUUGGUUUAUCUAAUGCCCCGAGCACUUUCAUGCGUGUUAUGAAUGAAGCACUUCGCCCUUUUAUCGGUAAAUUUGUAGUUGUUUAUUUUGAUGACAUCCUGCUCUUUAGCUUGUCUCUUAAGGAUCACAUUCGACAUCUCCGUGAGGUCCUUCUUGUUUUGCGUCGUGACAAGUUUUACGCUACUAUGAAGAAAUGUGAAUUUGGAUCACCGGAAGUACAUUUUCUUGGUUAUAUUGUCUCGGCUGAAGGUUUAGCUGUUGAUCCUGGCAAAGUAUCGGCUAUUCAGUCCUGGCCUGAACCUAAAACACUUACUGAUACUCGAAGCUUUCAUGGGCUAGCUUCUUUUUAUCGUCGUUUUGUGCCACAAUUCAGUAGCUUGAUGGCACCUAUUACCGAUUGUAUUAAAGAAGGCUCUUUCUUGUGGACUCCAGGUGCUUCUACGGCAUUUGAGGUGAUUAAAAAAAAAAUUAAGUUCAGCUCCAAUAUUAGCUCUUCCGGAUUUUUCGUUGGUGUUCGAGCUACACUAUUAUGCAUCAAAGACAGGCAUUGGUGCCGUCUUAAGCCAGCGACAACGUCCCAUUGCUUUUUUUAGUGAAAAAUUGUCGGGUUCUCGGUCACGUUACAGUACGUACGAUGUGGAGUUUUAUGCUAUUGUGCAGGCAGUCAAACAUUGGCGACAUUAUCUGUUUCACAAAGAGUUUGUUCUGUAUACAGAUCAUGAUGCUCUUAAACAUCUUAGCACACAAGACAAGGUUUCAGCUAGACAUGCUUCAUGGAUUGGCUAUUUACAACAGUUUACAUUUGUGAUCAAGCACACGUCUGGAUCUAGUAACCGUGUUGCUGAUGCUUUAAGUAGACGCCAUGCACUCCUUGCUGUGUUAAACGUCUCUGUUCCGGGUCUUAGUACUUUCACAGAUUUAUAUCCCAUAGACCCUUUCUUUGGUCGUAUUCUACAGGACGUUGAGUCUGGUUCAUCACGGGAUUAUACACUUCAUGAGGUAUUUCUCUUCAAGGAUUCUCGUUUAUGUAUACCAGAUUGUAGCUUACGUUUGCAACUUAUCUCCGAACUUUA